CAAAGUAUAGGGAGGUGGACUGCCAUCCUUUUUUUCCCCCUUCGGUAAUCCCAUUUGCCAUUGUGCGUGCCCAAUCGCCGUAUACUUUCUGCAUUUAACUUGUAUGACAUUUUUAUUUCAUCAUUAUCAUCUGCCGCCAGAUUGACGCUGAAUGCCUCCUACUUUGUUCCAGAUUGCCGUGGAUUUCCACUGUACCCAUAUGCGAAAGUUUGGGGCGUUUCUCUGAACUCGCGGGAUUCUGACCAACACCACUGUUUUCCUACGAAGCUUCGCGCCGUUCGUGCUGUUUAUGAUCGGAGUCGGGCCACCAUGCCCGAGACAGCAGCUCAGGAGAACCCCACUCCGCCCAAAGAAUCAUCCUUCUCCAUCAAAAACCUGCUGAACUGUGAUCGAAAGCCUUCCAAGCCCAAGACUUUGCUUUCAGCGGUGAAGGGGGUGGUUGAAGGCGCUGCUUUUUCCUUACCUCACUGCAGGGAGCCCGGCUUCCCGAGAUUUGAAAUCCCGGCGCAGAGGUUUGCGCUCCCAGCGCACUAUCUGGAGAGGUCGCCAGCCUGGUGGUAUCCCUGCACGCUGUCACCGGGUGUCCAUCUCCCGAGGACAGAAGCUAUUGAUAAGAGCAGUCUGUGUGCCAGAGACUCCUCACCGGACAGAGACUCCCCGGACUCCCCGGCGCUCAAAAUCGAGGCAGACCGCAAAGGGAAGGAAGAUGCCAAAAGUCUGGAAGAGAUCGUGCUGGAGGAAUCUAGUGACGCCGAGGAACAAAAGAAGGACGACAGUAAUAACGAGGACUGGGAAAAAAGGGCAGAAAGUCCGGAAAGGAAGCCGUGCAGGAAGAAGAAAACUCGCACGGUUUUCUCCAGGAGUCAGGUUUUCCAGCUGGAGUCGACCUUCGACAUGAAGCGCUACCUGAGCAGCUCGGAGAGAGCGGGGCUCGCCGCCUCUCUCCAUCUGACUGAGACGCAGGUUAAAAUAUGGUUCCAGAACCGCCGGAAUAAGUGGAAGAGACAACUGGCCGCCGAGCUGGAAGCAGCCAAUCUGAGCCACGCGGCUCAAAGGAUAGUCCGAGUGCCCAUUUUGUACCAUGAGAGCUCGGCUUCGGAAUCUGGGAGCCCGGGUAACGCUCCGGUCACCCAGCCUUUACUAACAUUCCCACAUCCAGCCUAUUACUCGCAUCCUGUAGUCACAUCCGUACCCCUCCUGCGGCCAGUCUGAUUUUAUUUUAACCUUGAUCUUGCAUUAGUUUUUAUUGUAAGACGAGACCUUGUAGUUUUUAAAUAACGACCCAAAAGACCAGCUGUAAAUUUCCAGGUCGCCCCACAUCCACUAACCUCAUCUGUAUCCCCGUCUAGGUUUAUCAUUUUAUUUAUUUUUCUCUUUUGUUUUGUGGGGUCGACCCAUGUAGAUUUGAGGAAUCGUGCCUACAGGAGGACCCGCUGUAAAUGUUUCAUUUUAUGUUUGUAAGUACUUAAAAGGGGUGGUGAAAAUGUUGUUCCUUAUUAUGGUUUCACGUGCCUGUGCAAUAUUGUACUAUAGAAGUUAAAGCACUGUUUAGAGGAAAAUCAUCGCAAGUUGUGUUGGCCUGGCCGGAGUAACGUGACGAAUAGCACUGGCGAGAGUGAACAUUAUCCGGGUUCUGAAGGCAAGGCGCUUUAACUGAAGGACAAUCAGAAAAAAAAAAGAUUUGGUUUCUUUAUUUAUUUAAGAAAUGUACCGUUUAUGUGGUGACGUAUUUUGAUUUACCUGGAUUGUAAAUUUAUUGACGAAGGUCGUAAGCUUUAGGUUCUAAUAUUUUUGCCAGACAAUACUCUGUGUUUAUUAUUUCUGAUGGUUUCCCCAGAUGUAAAAUAGUUAUUUACUGCGAAAAUAAUGGUGUUCUGUAUGUUUUAGCUAAAAAAAUAAAUAAAAUAUUGGCGUUUUUUGAUAUUGUAAUGCUGAAUUUUGUUGAACAGAUUUGUUGUGAACUAAAAUAAAAUGUGAACAUUC